AAAUAAUAUAAAUGUUAACUGAAAUAAAAUUAAAUAUUAAAUUUUACAUUUUAUUUCUGGUAGUUGCUAAAGCAACAAAUCUCAACAUGAAAGUGAGUCAAUAAUGACAAAAUAUACAUUUUGGGGUGAGUUAUUCAAAUUAAUCAAAUGGGAAAUAAUUUUUUAUUAAUUAUUUUUAAUAAUUUAUUUAUUAUACUAUUUUUAAUAAAAUAAUUAAACCAUAUUAUCACAUAAUGAAUUCCUCAUAUAGGAUGGCUAAAGCAGCAUCUAAGCUGUAUAUGUCCCAUAUCAAGACAUGCAGAAAUAGAAUUGAAAUUGAAAAGAAAUGUUGUUGUUUUUUUUGUUUUUGUUUUUUCUGUGCCGGCACCAUAUGACCUACUUGGUUCAAUAGUGGGGGCGAUGUUAAAUUUAGCAGGCCUGAUUUACAGCCCUGUGACCAAACACUCGACAGCAUCAAGGCACAGUACACAGCCCAUAUUUAGAUGCUUGUCUGAUUAUUAUGUCUCAAUAAAGUGUUGAGCUUAUGUGCUUUUCUGGUAAAUCAUAUCAUGCUUUGUGUUUUUCCUCUGUAUGGAAAAAAAUGAGCAAUGAUAACUUUAAUUUAACAAAAAGGUUGCAGCUUAUACAGCUGUGAGCUUAAAAUGAAUAUGACUUGAUAUGCCUUGACAAUCUAUUAUAUGCAUGAGUAUAGCUUCUAGCUAAAACCUUGAUUUCUUUUAAUGAGAGUAAAUGUCUUUAUUAGACACCAUUUUUAAGUAAUUUUGCUUGUAAUCCAAUUCAGUAUUCCUCAAAAUGAAUUAAAACAGUGAAAUGCAAACUCAGAAUAUUACGCAAACCUGCAAUAAUUAAAAUAAUUAAAUUACACAAAUAUACUUAAUGUAUUUAAUCUCACUUUAUUAACCAAUGUUUUCGCUGCUGACCUUCGAUGAUCCAAUUCAACCAUACCAAUAAACAAAAAAUGACUUAAGAUAAACAUCACAUUUCUGUUUCUUUUUUUAAUUGCUAAAGUAAGAGUGUUGAACUUUUGCUGAAUUCUGAACUGCAUACUAUACUACUAUUACUAUUUCUGCCAUAGAAAGAUAUGGUAAACAUAGUACAAGUAGUAUAAGCAACUGAUGCAACAGGUCACAUGACAAUGACAACAUGAUUAAUGUACAUUCAUACUAUAUAAAACAUACUUUUUUUAGUGGUUGCGAAGUAAUUACUUAUUAAAAACAACUCAGAGACUAUGCGAUUUCAGACGCAGCCAAUGUCUACACCAUACAUGAGUUAUGUGCCGCGUCCGUAGCCAAUAAAACCAGUCAUGCCCUUUGUAAGUGCAAGAUUUUUUGUUAGAUGUUGUUGACAUUUCAAGUAAUGCAGUUGGUUUAUGCCUUGCCUGUUUUGUGGCAGUGCUGAAGAAUCAGUGCACAGUGUUCUCUAAGCUGUGUGGAUAUCCAAAACCUACUGAGCAACAUGAUUUAAAUGUUAUAGAAAGAUCACACAUCUUAGACUGUAGCUCCUGUCAUAAAACUCUUAUUCCCUUCAGCUGUUGCCCAUGUGUUCAAUCACGCCAUUGAGGAUGAGCUCAUUUAUGUGGUAAACACACAUUGUCCAAGUUUUUCGAAAGAGUCCCUGGAGGCUGCUCAAUGGUGCUGUCAUUGAUGUUUAUAAGGGGGUGGGGUUGAAGCUUGAUGUGCAUGUGAAAGUACAGUGGGAGCCUGGGAGGAGUUACACCACAGUCACUUGAUACAGGGGAUGACAUCCCUAAAAUAACCCUACAAAGGGUAUAUAGGGAUCUGCUUCAACCUUCACUGUCAGGAGAGCAGACUGUGCACACCGUGCAAUAAAGUUAAUGAAACUAGUAGUGAUGAUGGGACAGAUAAAUUAACAAAACUUGACAAGAAAAGAAAAUCCCCCCAAAACAGAACAGAUUCUUCUGGAAAAGUGACCAUUAUUUGGACCUGAAGCGGAUUGUGGCUGUUUUAAAAGCUGAAGACAGUGUGAACCCAAAGUGUUGAGGUUCAAGAUCCCCCCCAAAAAAGGAUUUUACUCUUACGUGGAGCUUGUUUUGAGGCAUUUGAGUUCUUUGUCCUCCUCUUGAGCCUAGAGCCGAGGGGGGAGGCAAAGCCGUGGCGUCUGCGGGGAUGAAGUACAGCUACCAGUACCCGGCGUCACAGUACACACGAUCCAACACGCACUACACAUCCACUAAUUACACACCUUCACAUUACUCCAGCAGCUCAUACUCGCCCAGCUACUACAAUGCUACGAAGUACAGCCCUACUACACUCCACCACACGCCAUCAUACUACACUCCACCAGCUUACACACCUGCAUACAAGCCCACCUCCACCUCCACUGCCGUCUAUAGCAAGCCAUCACGGCAGAGCAGUUCACACCAGACAAGUGUACAGCUUACUCCUACCGUAACCCUCAAACCCGCCAGGGCUGUGCGCUUCACAAAUGAUGUUGUAUUCCAGGAUUUAGUCCGGCACAGUGAGCUGGAACAGAUCGGCCGGUUUAUGAGGGCGAGGAAAGUGCGUCUGGACACCAUCUUCCAUUCUGGAAUGGCAGCACUCCAUGAAGCCGUUCUUUCAGGAAACCUGGAGUGUGUGAAGCUCCUGAUAAAGUACGGAGCUGACGUUCAUCAAAGGGAUGAGAACGGCUGGACACCACUGCACAUGGCGUGCAGCGACGGUUACCCUGAGAUUGCACGGUAUCUUCUCUCUCUGGGUGCCAGUGUGGAAGCAGAGAAUGAAAAUGGAGAGAAACCAGCAGACCUUAUCGACCCAGAUUGUAAAGAUCUGCUCAAACUCUUCGAAACAGGCUGUGUUUGAGGGCUGAGCCACAGAAGAUCCUGAGGAAAAAACGCUAGACAUUAUGAUGAGCUUCUCAUUUUGUGUGGUUGAAUGUUCUCCUGGAUAUUCUUUAUUUUUUUGUUUGGUUUUUUGACUGUUAGCUGUAGAUGUGACUUUAUUAUAUAGUACAAGGCUAAAGAGGAACAACAAACCCAACAUUUCUGUUAGCUUUGAAAGUCAUUGUGAAACGUCGCCAUUCUCAUUUUAUUUCUGUUACCUUAAGUAUUUCUGAGUGAAACAUGAUAUUCAAUGAAUGAGGCUUUUAUGCAUUGGGAAUAGAUUGGAUUAUGAAAAGUAGGUGUUACAUACCAGAUUGUCAGAAGGUUUGAUGAAAAAGAGAGAUUUCUAAUGUCUGACAAAAAGUUGAGGCGGAGCAAGUUAUUAUAUUUUGAUAAAAGAUUACUAAGACAAAUAUUUUUCUCUGGAAUAACAUGCAUAAUAAUGCCAGGAAAGUAUAUGUAAAAAUCUAUGUAUGUCGACUUCACAGGAGAACCAUACAUUUGCACAAACCAGCAUCUCUCAGUGUUUACACUCAGGUCUUUUCCAUACACCAUCUGCAGUUGUGUUCAUUUUGAUUGCUGUUUUAAACAUAUAUUGUACCAUAAAAGUGAUCUUUUAUGUGACAAGGGAUUUAAACCUGUUGAUGCAAAGAGCUCUGCACUCCCCAGAUGGGCCGCUGUGCUGUCUGUCUGCUGGGCAGCAGGAGCGCACACUGAAAACCUGCAGAAACACUGAGGGUUCGUGCAUUACUGUUAAACGUGAGGGAACUACUGACAUUUUGAAUGUCUCUUGUCAAAGUCUUAUCUUAUUUUUUUACAAUGUUUUCAUAAAUAAAGCUGCUUUUUUUAUACAAA